GCGACGAGCGGGCGGGAGGGAUGCAGGCGGCGUGCCCUCAGGCCGUGUUUACCGCGCUCGGGGUGCAGUCUGAGGCCUUCGCCUCGCCCUUCAACGCGAUCUCGCCCUCCUUCUGCUCCGCCUCUGCAGACGUGGACGCGCCGUUCGGCUCCUGCGGCUCUUUCUUCGCCCUCGAGCCGCCGGCGGGCGCAGUGCUGCUCGCGAACCCUCCCUUCGACGGCGCGACUGUCCUCGCCAUGGCGCGCCGCAUCGGCGCGCCGCAUCGAUGAGUUGUGCGACGCUGCCGACGCCGCCGACGCUGCGCUCGCCUCGGGCACAGCCGCAGAGGGCGGGGAGGCGGGCGGGCUCAGCGUUGCCGUGGUUGUGCCGCGCACGCCUGCAGAGGAGGGGUGGCGGGCGCUGAAAGGGUCGAGGCACUUGCGGAGCGAGCUCGUGCUGCCGCGCUCCAAGCACGCCUUCGUCGACGGCGGGCAGCAGUACGGCCGGAGACAGGCGCCGCUCCGCCUCUCGAACCACGACUCGAGCCUCUUUUGGCGAAGACAGCCCCCCUCGCGCGCCGAAGCCACAGGGGAUGCAGUCCGCCAACGCACGCGCCGACGCCGCCGCGCUCACCGCCGCCCGCGAGUCUUUCCGCGCGGGCUUCAAGGUGCUCGGGCCGCUGGACGGGGUGGCCAAGAAGAAGAAGAAGAACAAGAAGAAGCGGGGGCGGGGUGAGGAGGAGAGCUAGUUUCUUCUAAGCAAGAAUAAACCAGAU